AUGGUCACUAAUACUGCUAAUGAAAAAGUGAAUCCCAAAGUAAGUGUGAAGGCACCGCUGCAAGGCUCCUAUGGCGCAGCAUCACGUCAUCACAAAAGAUAUCAUCAGUGUGAUUGCUAUGGACACACAGAGGGACUUCCCAACUAUAAGCUGCUCGCACAACCCCGGACAAAUAACUACUACUGCGCAACAGGUGGAUGUCCCUGUAUUCCUCGGGCCGCCGCCCAUCCAGGCAGUUGGCGUCUCAAAGCCUCUCAGCUUCGAUCCGCAACGCACACACUCGGUGUGGGCUGCACAAAAAAACGUCCUGGACACACAUGUUGUGUGCACGCUGGUGAGACAUACGGAUGGAAGCCUGGUCCACACACAGUUCUCGCAAAGAAUACAGCCGCUUCUGGUCUUUGUGAUACCUUUGGUAACAUGGCUUUUAAGAGUCGUACUGGAUUGCGAGAGAAGGUCAGUGAUGUGAGCAGCGUCUGUACACAAAAGUUAGAGGACCUUGAAGCCUUAAUUCUUGAAGAACACGAGGCACGCCGUAAUGUUGAAAUGGAUGUGGAAGAACUUAAAAAAAUUCAAGAAAAUGGAACCCAAGAUCUCUAUAAACAGGACUUUGAGAAUGAAAAGAAGCGGAAGCUGGCAGCAGCGGCUACAGAAACGCAGUUCAAUGACCUUCUGCGUGAGAUACGUGCUAUUGUGAAGAGGCCUCUCAAUCAGACAAAUAUGGAUAUUCUUCGAAGUGUGGUGGAUCGUCAAGAGCGAUUGAUGCAAUUACGUGCAGCUAAGGCAGAAGAAGACUAUCCACCAAUUAUUAACAAUUAA